UGAUCAGCCCGGCUGCCAGACUCGGCGGUCACGGGGAGGGACAGGGAUUGCAGACAUGGCUGCCGGCAGCAGUGUGGCCCAGAAGACCUGGGACAUGUCUAACAACAUGCAGGAGGUGCAGAGCAUCGACGAGAUCUACAAGUAUGACAAGAAACAGCAACAGGAGAUCCUGGCGGCCAAACCCUGGACCAAGGACCACCAUUACUUCAAGUAUUGCAAGGUAUCUGCCCUGGCACUGCUGAAGAUGGUCAUGCAUGCACGCUCAGGAGGCAAUCUGGAGGUGAUGGGCCUAAUGCUGGGGAAAGUGGAUGGUGAAACCAUGAUCAUUAUGGAUAGUUUUGCUUUACCAGUUGAAGGAACUGAAACUAGAGUCAAUGCCCAAGCUGCUGCCUAUGAAUAUAUGGCGGCAUACAUAGAAAAUGCAAAGCAGGUUGGAAGGCUUGAGAAUGCAAUUGGCUGGUACCACAGUCAUCCUGGUUAUGGAUGCUGGCUUUCAGGAAUAGACGUCAGCACUCAGAUGCUUAAUCAGCAAUUUCAGGAACCCUUUGUAGCAGUUGUGAUUGACCCAACCAGGACAAUAUCUGCUGGGAAGGUUAAUCUAGGUGCAUUCAGGACAUAUCCAAAGGGUUACAAACCACCAGAUGAAGGCCCGUCAGAGUACCAGACAAUUCCUUUAAACAAAAUUGAGGAUUUUGGGGUGCAUUGCAAACAAUAUUAUGCCUUGGAGGUUACAUAUUUCAAGUCUUCCCUAGAUCGCAAGCUACUUGAGCUCUUAUGGAACAAGUAUUGGGUUAAUACACUGAGUUCUUCCAGCUUGCUAACUAAUGCAGACUAUACAACGGGGCAGGUAUUUGACUUGUCAGAAAAGCUUGAGCAGUCUGAAGCCCAGCUUGGCCGGGGAAGUUUUAUGUUGGGAUUAGAAACUCAUGAUCGAAAAUCUGAAGACAAACUGGCCAAAGCAACCAGAGACAGCUGUAAAACAACGAUUGAAGCCAUCCAUGGAUUGAUGUCUCAAGUGAUUAAGGAUAAAUUGUUCAAUCAGAUAAACACUGCAUAAACCCUCGAUUCUAAUGUCCUGUUCUCUGACACAUCAAGUUUUGUUAUGUUGCUUCUUUUAUGUGGAAGCCAGAAAAUGUCUUUAAUUUAGCACUUAUCUCCUACUGUAACGGAGACAAUAAUACAUUGUGUAGUAGGACAUUGCAACAUCUCCACUUUACAACUGCGAAACACGAACAUCUUUUAGUUCUGGAUAAAUAAAGUAAACCUUUUGGAAUUGUA